UUAUCUAGUCAAUGCCAACCAGCAAGAUUCGAAUUUCGAGGUUAUCAAUAAUAGAACUGGUGAAACUUCACAGCUGAAUUCAAAAGCAUUUAGUAUUCUUAUUCCUCAUAGAUUUUCGCUUGAUUUGGGUGUAAUAAUUCUACAAGCUGAAAUGUACAACAUUCUUCACUGUCACAUCAGAAAUCAUAAAAUUUGAGGUUAAGCAUUCCAGGCGGAUUUCAAUGUCGACCGUCAGAUAACUUGUAGCAAUUUCCUUAGGCGGAUUAGAAUUUGUACAAUAUAGUUUGAGCCGCUUGGACAAUGACAAAGACUAUAUUAGUAUUUGUUCCUAAGGAACUUUGCCAUGAGAAGCCGGGUUACACGUUUGGCAGAGUCGUAUAUGAUUCCUGGAAUGAUUCAAAGAAAUUUUUUAUCGUUGGUGUGAGGAAGGUGGAUUCUGGCAAUGCGGUUCAAUCAAACAGCGAUUUGAUCGGGUACUUUUCCGGCUCUGACAACACGCAUGAGUAUUUAGACAAAACAUUAUCGGAUUGGAUAAACGUCUAUUUGUCUCCAAAUUCCCAGUCCAAUGCCAUUAACUACGAAUAUUGCAUCCGUGACGUUCUCGUAGACAGUGCCAAGAUCACACCAUCCGCAUAUCACACUGUGAUUAUAAUUUACGAUCAAACUGCGUUGCUACAGGCCGAAUUGUUGGUAAACAAGGCACCGUCGGGUGAUCACUUUCAAGAACUGAAGCAAACUCUGCAACAAAGGUCCAUAAAGGAUGAGAUAAAUAGGAAAUCAAAAAUUAAUCUCAUCGGAGAGAUCCUUCUGACUUAUCAUGCAUUAUUUCUGUUGUACAUAAUGCAAUUCCUCUACAAAAUAGCGAGCAAACUUUUUCCGGUAUUGAAAUACUCUGCUCUUGGCUUACACAUGCACAGUUGGCUGGAAAACGGACAAUGGACUUUGACCACAAUUGUACAGAGAAAGAAAAUCACAUUAAAAACUGGAAACUACAUUGUGGCCAUGGUACUCGACGUCUUACUCGGUAUCUUGCUUCUGCAAUUUUUGUUAGAAAAUAUUGGACAUGCACCACCCUCUCGAGUACUGUUAAAUAAUGCAGAGAGGGUUGUUGAAUCACUGAAAGGGCUGGUAAACUGGUUAAUGGGAGCGCCAGCAGGCUUGAAACUGAACUACUCGUUCAAUGGGAUGCUGGGUCGUUUUUUCUUAUACCACAUCAACCUGUGGUGGACAUUUUUGGUGGUCAGUGAACCUUUACUUGAAUUUGCAUUCGAGGUUCUAAUCCUUUGUGGAAGACUAGGUGCCACUUUCCAAAUAGCUAUAAUAGCUGAUCUCUUGGCUCUUGUCAGCUUCCACAGUUACUGCAUCUACGUUUAUGCGGCAAGACUGUUCAACAUGCAACUGAGAGGUCUGAUGGCACUGUUCCAUUUGUUCCUUGGAAAGAAGAAGAAUCCGUUGAGAGAGAGGGUGGAUUCAUGUCAGUAUCAGGCUGAUCAAUUGUUUGUUGGAACAUUGUUGUUUACUAUCCUCCUGUUUCUAAUGCCAACAACGUGGGUUUACUACUCCGUUUUCACUACUCUCCGACUCGUACUAAUUGGCCUAGGUGGAUUUCUCACCAGACUUAAAUUCUACUUACAAGUUCUGCCAGUCUAUGCCUUUGUAAAAUGGCUUAUUCGGUCCCCGGUUAUGAGCAUUCCAGGCACAAUAAACAUGAAGAUUUAUUCCAGGAGCGGAAAAGGCCCAACUACCCUAAUCGUGUCAACGGUUGUAUCUCCGUGGGGUGAAACUUGGAAACGUUGCAUUCCAGAAACAAUAAAUUCUCACCCACCGGUUGAGUGGGGUAAAAUUGUGAGAAAUGUAUUUUGGGGUCAGCUUUUGUACCCAUUGUGAAUAACUGUGCCAUGUAUAAAUAAAAAGUUGAUAGAUGAUUGAUGGUU